AUGGCGUGGCCCAGACGUGUAUUCAGUUCGGACAAGAAGAAGAUGUUUGAGCGUGAGGCCCGGGGGUAUGAGGCCAUCCCGCGCGCCCAUGGUGCAUGCUGCACACCCACACGUGUGUUGCUUGCUUUGCUCCCCGUUCCUUCCCUCCACCCCAUGCGGCAUGGCACGGUGCGUGCAGAGGUGUACUCGGACAAGAAGGAGACGUUUGAGCGCGAGGCCGCGGGGUACGAGGCCAUCCUCAGGGCUCGCCAGGGGCUGCUGGGGGGCAACGGGGGGGAGGGGGGUGUGGGAGAGGGGGGCAAGGGGGAGGGGGCCAAGGGGGAGAAGGGGGGUGCGGGUGGGGAGGAGGGAGGGAGUGGGAAGAAGAGAGGUGCGGGGAUGGACAUGUUUGGCGACGAGGAUGAUGAGGCAGGGGCUGGUGCAGGGGAAGGGGGGGCGAAGGAAGGUGAGAGGAAGGAGGUACAGGGAGGGGUAGAAGGGAAAGUAGGGGAGGAGAAGGAUGGAGGGGAGGGGAAGGCAGGGGGUGAGGGGAGUGGAGCGCCGAGCAACAGCAGCGGCUACGAGUUUGACCCGUCCACUGGCUACUACUUCAACAAGGAGCAGGGUUACUACUACGACUCCUCCUCUGGUCUAUUCUGCAGUGCUGCAAAUAGCACAUGGUACCGCUUCAACGAGGCAACCGGCGAGUACGAGGCGCUGCCAGCUGAUGCUGGGCACGGGGGUGCUUCAGGCAAUGGCGGUGGCGCGGGUGGCAAGGAAGGGGGGGAGGAGGAAGAAGCUGUGGGCAAGGCUGGUGCUGGCAGCGCAGCAAAGGGGGCAGAUGGGGAUACGGUAGGUGGGGAUGCAGCCGCUACAAAGACAGAGGGAGGGGCGUUAGCAGUACGGAGAGGGUGGCACGGGGAGGGUGGCACGGGGAGGGUGGCACGGGGAGGGUGGCACGGGGAGGGUGGCAUGGGGAGGGUGGCAUGGGGAGGGUGGCAUGGGGAGGGCGGCAUGGGGAGGGUGGCAUGGGGAGGGUGGCAUGGGGAGGGUGGCAUGGGGAGGGUGGCACGGGGAGGGUGGCAUGGGGAGGGUGACAUGGGGAGGGUGGCAUGGGGAGGGUGGCAUGGGGAGGGUGGCAUGGGGAGGGUGGCAUGGGGAGGGUGGCAUGGGGAGGGUGGCAUGGGGAGGGUGGCAUGGGGAGGGUGGCAUGGGGAGGGCGGCAUGGGGAGGGUGGCAUGGGGAGGGUGGCAUGGGGAGGGUGGCACGGGGAGGGUGGCAUGGGGAGGGUGGCAUGGGGAGGGUGGCAUGGGGAGGGUGGCAUGGGGAGGGUGGCAUGGGGAGGGCGGCAUGGGGAGGGUGGCAUGGGGAGGGUGGCAUGGGGAGGGUGGCACGGGGAGGGUGGCAUGGGGAGGGUGGCAUGGGGAGGGUGGCAUGGGGAGGGUGGCAUGGGGAGGGUGGCAUGGGGAGGGCGGCAUGGGGAGGGUGGCAUGGGGAGGGUGGCAUGGGGAGGGUGGCACGGGGAGGGUGGCAUGGGGAGGGUGGCAUGGGGAGGGUGGCAUGGGGAGGGUGGCAUGGGGAGGGUGGCAUGGGGAGGGUGGCACUGGGGAGGGUGGCAUGGGGAGGGUGGCAUGGGGAGGGUGGCAUGGGGAGGGUGGCAUGGGGAGGGUGGCAUGGGGAGGGUGGCAUGGGGAGGGUGGCACGGGGAGGGUAUCAUGGUGUCCAGAGAGGGGUCAUAUGCGGUGGGCGGACGAGGGGCGGAGGGGAGGGGUGAGGGCAGCAAGGGGUGGUCGGGAAGGCGCGGCAGGAAGGCAAAGAGGUCCCGCCAGGGCAGGGGGCGGCCGUCUGUGCGGGGAGGGGGGAGGGGGUGGUGCCAUGGAGGGUUGGGGGGGUGGGAAGGGAUAA